GGAAUUACUUGACCAGAAAGGGACAGGGUCCUGGGACACAUGAGCCAGGAUAGGCAAGCUGGUCAUGGAGGCUGCAAAGGUUCAACAGUGUGACCACUCUUGAUCUAUACACUCACAGCAAAGCCUCCAUCUGUCUCAUGGAUUAUAGAUCUAAAUUGAUGGCUUCAGUAGCAGAUGCCCGAUACAGAAACAAAGAUGCUUCAGACCAAAAUUUUGAUUACAUGUUCAAACUCCUAAUCAUUGGCAACAGCAGCGUGGGUAAAACCUCCUUCCUCUUCAGAUAUGCCGAUGACACUUUCACUCCAGCCUUUGUGAGCACAGUCGGCAUUGACUUCAAAGUGAAAACGGUUUGUAGGAACGACAAGCGAGUAAAACUGCAGAUUUGGGAUACUGCCGGACAAGAAAGAUACAGGACCAUCACCACAGCCUAUUAUCGAGGAGCAAUGGGGUUCAUCCUCAUGUAUGAUAUCACCAAUGAGGAUUCUUUCAAUGCAGUGCAAGACUGGGCUACUCAGAUCAAGACCUAUUCUUGGGAUAAUGCACAAGUCAUUUUGGUUGGAAACAAGUGUGACAUGGAGGAUGAAAGAAUUGUUCCUCUGGAGAAGGGGAAACAUCUGGCCAAUCAGUUAGGUUUUGAUUAUUUUGAAGCCAGUGCCAAAGAGAACAUCAAUGUGAGGCAGGUCUUUGAGCGCCUAGUGGACGUCAUAUGUGAAAAGAUGUCGGAGAGUAUAGAUUCUGACCCUUCCCGAGGCUAUUCUGGGAACAACAUGCGACUCACAGACAACCUGCCCCCUGUGCAGCAGCCCUGUUCCUGCUAGUGACCUUUCUGUCUGAGAAAUCUCUCUCUACCCCCCCACCUUCUCUGAACACGUGUUAUCUGUUCACAUGUGAUGGUGUAUUAUGUAGUCUAAAGACAGAAACUUCAUGGGAAAAUGGAUGUGUUUGUGAAA